CUCUCUCUCUCUCUCUCUCUCUCUCUCUCUCUUUGUCCGGAGCUAAUAAGCGAGUCAGUGGCGAUCUCAGCAAAUUCUCUCUCGUCUCCGCCCGAUCGGAUCUAGAAGCUUCGAGAGGAUUAGGGUUUUUUGGGGAAGGGGGGUGGGGGGAGAUGGGGAACGCGAGUGGGAGGGAGGAGGCGGAGGAGAACGGAGGUGGCGGCGGCGGCGGCGGCGGCGGCGGAGGAGGAGGAUACUACGACGGCGACGACGACGAUGGAGACGACCCCGGGGUGAUGGGAUCGUCGCGCGCCGACCCGCGCCUCCCCGACCCCCUGCGCCGUCCCCCCUCGCCGGGAUCGUCCGAGAUCUCCCCGCCGGAGAGCCCCGGGCGCUCGCGUUCUCCCCUCAUGUUCGCUCCACAGAUUCCUGUACCUCCCUUGGAAAAAGCUGCUGAUAUUUUGAACCAACCAUGGAUGCUGGACGAAUCGAAUGGUACUUUGGAUGAUCCCCCUGAAAAGGAAUUUCCGGCUUUAAUAGUAUGGACCUUUGGAGGAAAAAAUAUUUCUGUUGAGGGAUCAUGGGACAACUGGUCAACAAGGAGGCCUCUACAGAAGUUAGGCAGGGAUCAUUCUGUUUUGUUGUCCCUGCCCUCUGGGAUCUUCCGUUACAGGUUCAUUGUAGAUGGAGAAAGGAGAUACAUCCCUGAUCUUCCUUCCGAAAUUGAUGAGAUGGGGCAAACUUUUAAUCUUCUUGACCAUCAUGAUUAUGUUCCAGAAAGUGUAGAAAGUGUUUCCGGUUUCGAGUUGCCACCAUCCCCAGAUUCGAGUUACAGUUGGCUGGCGCCUGAUCAAGACUACGCAAAGGAGCCGCCAGACCUUCCGGCCCAGGUGCCUCUUACCAUCCUCAGGAUGCAAGACUCUGAUGAGGUCUCGUCCCUGAUGCCCCCGCACGUUGUUCUAAACCACCUCUUCAUAGAGAAAGGGUCAGGCCCGCAACCGCUUGUGGCCCUUGGCCUGACCCACCGGUUCCACUCCAAGUACGUCACUCUUGUCGUGUACAAGCCUGUGUACAGAGAUAGCAACAGGGAAGCGUGAUUCUUUACUCGUCGGCCGCGAGGCAAGCUCUCUGCAUUCUUAUCAUUGAUCAGGAAUCAGAUCAGCUUGAGAGCUAUGAUUCUUUCUCCGAGUGAGAAAAGAAGUUGCAUCGACAUGAAAAGAGCCGCUUUGCUCGAUCAUCUCUUACUGCCGAUUUUUCUAUCAGGAGUAAAACUAUUCUCAAUCUUCAUGUGCCAAUUCCUCUGAAUUAAACUGGUAACAGGAUGGCCUUCUUUUUUGUACCCUUCAGAAACAAUCUCUUGCUCUAUGUAUUUGUGGUCUUUUUUUUUUUUUCUUUUUAUUCUUGUGGCCAUUUCUUGAUAAUUGAUAAUAAUAAUAACAGGAAGCCGCUGUUAUGUAUGGAUUCCUUUCCUUUGUUAUUUUUUCA